GCACCAACUGUGCCUUACAUGCUGGGUUGAUGCCUCUAGUAACCAGGCUUCUCAGUCCACGUUAGUAAACGAGGGUGCAAGUGGCGGGGUCAACAGAGAGAGAGGAACCCAGACUGUCUCUUUCUCUCCCGUGGAGAAGGUCUGGAACGACGCGGCCUCGCAGAUCUUCUACUCGCUGGGCAUCGGCUUCGGGGGGCUGCUCUCCAUGGCUUCCUACAACAAGUUUGACAAUAACGUGAUCAGAGACACGCUGGUGAUCGGCAUUGGCAACUGCUGCACCAGCAUCUUCGCCGGCUUUGCCAUUUUCUCCGUCCUGGGGCACAUGGCCUGGCGGAAGAAGGUGUCGGUCGGAAGGGUGGCCGAUUCAGGACCCGGACUGGCCUUUGUGGCCUACCCGGAGGCCCUGGCUCUGCUGCCCGGCUCCUUCUUCUGGUCCAUCCUGUUCUUCCUGAUGCUCUUCACCCUGGGGGUGGACACCCUGGGCGGCAUUUACUGGUUCACCCUGAUCGAUGCCUACAGCACCAGCUUCGGCCUCAUCAUUGUGGCUCUCUUCAUGUGCCUCGGAGUGGCCUUCUUCUACGGCGUGAACCAGUUUUGCCAAGACAUUGUCGACAUGAUCCGGCUGUGCCCGCCCUGGUGCAGGCAGCUGGUGCCGUACUUCAAGGCCUGCUGGGUGAUCUUCACGCCGGGCAUGCUGACGUUCAUUCUCCUCUACAUCUUCAUGGACCUGUCAGGCACCACACUGCACUACGGAGCAUACCGGUUCCCGCGCUGGGGCCAGGCGCUGGGUGUCUGCAUGGGGGUGCUGAGCUGCAUUCAGAUUCCGCUUUGGGCUGGCAUUGCCCUCUGCAAGGAGUCCGGGACACUGGUUGCUCGGUUCAGGAAAGCCAUCCGACCUCUGAACUCCUGGCGUUCUGCAAGUGGCCGUGAGCUGUCCCACCAGGUCAUCGACGUUCCCUACACUGUGAACUUGACGGACAGCGACUUCACGGGCAGUUGGCAACUGCCAGAUCGCAGCGAGGCCUGA